AACAAUUGAUAUUUUGUUUUUGUGGCAAACCGCAAAACUGUAUCAGCGUACCUAUCAACGCUUCGCAACAAACCUUGUGAUUUUUGUUUUAUUUUUAGUCAGGUGGUUAAUCUUUAUGUGUAAAUUGUUUUUCAAAACGUGAAAUAUAUUGAAUGAAGAAUUCUUUAAGGCUGGAUAGUAAUAUAAUUCUUGGCGGUUGCCCUUAAUUGGAUAAAAAAUUGUGUAAGGUUGGCGACCCCUUCCAUAGUGUGUUUUACCGUUAAUAUCGGAUGCACCAUAACGAAGGCCUCCUUGUCUGUGUAACAAUAUAAUCGUAGUUUGUGCCCACACCAGCAAUCAACAUCAAUGAGUAGUGCUAAAGCCAUAACCAACGAAUUGUCAGAUUUAGCAGAUCUUGACAGUAACUUAACAAAAAAAUGGAAGAAAUUAUGCCAGCGAUGUUCAUCAUUGAGAAGCUACGCCACGCUAGAUACUUCUAAAUAUGCCUUUACGACAUCGUCUUUAAGAUUUCCAAGCAGCACGAAGAAAGUACAGGAUGCUCUGAAAGUAAAACUUAACCAGAUGAACCUAGGAUUUAAAAAAAGAAAAACACUCUCUGUCCAAGAGUUAUUUCAUCAGCAGGAAAAUUAUGCACCUGCUACAAGUGAAUUUCGACAUUACGGACACACUGCACCGUCCAGAAAUAUCCACGGAGUAAAACCAGGAUCCUCUUUUAACCUCAGCGUCGAUAAUGUAGGUCGCGUUCAUUGCUAUGAACCACCACCUGACUACGAUGUAGAUCUGACGAAUCCACAAGCAAAAAGAUGGUCUUUGGCUUCUAACGACAUAAAGAACAGAAAUCAUUAUGUCUAUAGCAUGCAGGAAAGCUUCAAUUAUAAUCGAAACUACACUUUAAAGAUACCAAAGUCUAAAACGUUAAAUCAUUAUCAUAUAGACCAAAUAAAGAGUCACUUUCACGACAGGAUGAAGGAUGGAUACGAACAUUCGUUGAAGACUCAUUGUUCUCGAAGAUCCUACGCUGGUAUAGAUUCUAUAAAAGAGAAUACUUUAGAUGAAUUACCAGAAAUUAAUGUAAAAGACAGAUAUUCUUUUCCUAAAGCUAGGAGUACGUUCACUAUUAAAAAAAUAUGUUUCCAAAAAGGUUCGCAAUACAAACCGCUGGGUUUCAGCAUUGUGGGUGGAAGAGAUUCUCCGAAAGGAAAUAUCGGGAUUUACGUAAAAACAAUUUUUAUUAAUGGACAAGCAGCAGAAAGCAAUAGUUUGAAAGAAGGCGAUGAAAUACUGGCUGUCAAUAAUAUUCUUUUGCAUGGUGUUGCACAUAAAGAGGCAGUGAAUAUUUUUAAAAAUAUAAGGUCCGGCACUGUGUUACUACAUAUAGGGAGAAGAAUAAUAAACUGAUAUAAAAUAGAAGUAAAAUCAUGUCUAAGAAAUUGACUUAAUAUACCAAAUUACUACCAAAGUAUUACUAUAAGAAUAAGUAAUUUUUGUAAAAUUUUAUAUGAUUAAAUAUUAAGUUAUUACCUGA